GGUGGAGUGAAGAUGUUGACUCAGACGGCUGCAAACUUUCCAUGGAGCAGACGCGGAACUUGUUGCUUUAAAAAACAUUUUACAGUCAUUUCUAUGUCAUAGUCUUCAUGUGUUAGUGUCUCUGCAUGCAGUUUGUUUCAAGUUUGGACACGAAAAGAUGAAUAAGGUGGUUUUGGUGACUGGAGCAAACAGUGGCAUUGGCCUGGCGCUGUGUGAGCGUCUCCUCUCCCAGGACACCGAGGGUCUCCAGCUGUGCCUGGCAUGCAGGAACAUGCGCCGGGCUCAGGCGGCUCGCUCUGCCCUACUCGCCUCUCACCCCACAGCCCAGGUGGCCCUGCUGCAGAUGGACACCAGCAGCAUCUCUUCAGUCAUUGCUGCGGCACAGGAGGUCAAACUCAGAUACACCCGGCUGGACUACGUCUACCUGAACGCAGGCAUCAUGCCAAACCCACAGUUUGAUGUAAAAGCCUUUUUCAGAGGCCUCUUCUCAAGCCAUAUCAUCACCAUGUUUUCCACCGGUGAGGGGAUCCUAACACAGAAGGACGGCGUCACCACUGACGGCCUGCAAGAAGUCUUCGCAACCAACCUCUUUGGUCACUUUCUACUAAUCAGGGAGCUGGAACCAGUUCUGUGCCGUGAAGGCCGGACCUCCCAGCUGAUCUGGACCUCCUCGAGUAACGCACACCGCUCAGCUUUUAACAUGGAAGACGUACAGCACCAGAAAGGCACACAACCUUACAGCUCCUCUAAAUAUGCCUCCGACUUGCUGAGCCUGGCACUCAACACACAUUACAACAAACAGGGUUUGUACUCGUCUGUCAUUUGUCCUGGUUUUGUGAUGACCAAUCUGACCUACGGUAUCCUGCCAUCCUUCCCAGAUUUCCUCUGGACGCUGCUUAUGCCUCUCUUUUGGCUUAUAAGAAUGUUCACCAAUACUUUCACCUUAACCCCCUAUAAUGGAGCUGAAGCCCUGUUCUGGCUAUUUAAGCAAAAGCCUGAAUCACUGGACCCUCAAGCCAAGUAUCACAGCUUAACAUCUGGACUAGGCAGAAACUACACCCAACCGCGUAAGAUGGACAUUGAUUUGGAAACAUCAGGAGCUUUGUAUGAGAAAUUACUGCAACUAGAAAGCGAAGUGAGGAAGAAACUUAAGGAGAAGCACAGUCGUCCUGCAUGAUGACCCGGAUCACCUUGAUGCAUAUACUCUGGGAUGGAUAUUAUGGAUAUUAUUCCUGCAGGUCAUCAGGGAGCAGUUCACAACACUAAAAAAACAGUGACACUACAAACAUUAUAAGUUUGAUUUCCUGUUUAUUAUCUGUAUCAUGCAUGGAAUGAAAUGUCUGGUAAAAGGCAAAAAGCUGGAGCUUGUAUGUUGUGAUGGUUUGGUAAAGAGUUUACAAUAAAAAUAAGCAUUGCCUGCU